UUACACCUUCAUAUUAAAGAUCUUUAAACCUCAGGGGUAUUGUUCAAUUACUUUCGCCGAGCAUCUUCGCAACUGAACAAUCUUUGCUGACCCUUGUAUCUAGACCGAAUUAAUACCAGAUCUUCGACUUGUCACCCCAUCCCGUUGAAAAUAUGUCUGGCCAGUCUCAAUUGGAAAGCAGAUUACUUCUUGCGCCAUACGACAUCCGUCGUGCGAUCUAUGUUCACCUCAUUCCAGAUCGAGUCCAUGUGGUCCUUCGAGAAGGCAAGAUUCAUAUCUCAGCGUGCGUGCAACAAACCCCAGGAUUCGACUAUGAUGGCUUGGAGCGUCAAGUCCCCGGGGAUGAUCGAGAUGAACCUGUUUAUGCGCGUCGCUUACGAUCAUGGUGGGGUCCGCACUGGAAAUGCGAGGAGGUAGCGGCAAGCGUAGAACACAACUACGAGGCCGUUUUCCAUGUAUGCAAGAGAAUGUCCAUUGAUGUCUUUGACUUCAUGGCCGAAAUGACAGUCUUCAACAUCACCGACCUUGAUACUCUUAGCUACACGCUUCAGGAAGUUAACGCCUCUGCCUCUGAGCCGUCUCCUGCGUCCAUGCUCCUAGCCUGUCUCUUUCCAAGCAUUAGAAAAAUGGACAUUACAUUGAGGCUUCCUCUAUCAGUCUGCGAGGCACCGAAAUCCCCAGCUAUCGAAUCCAGCUCUGCAUCCCUGUCAGCAGAGGCACCGACCUCUAACGCGACGGCCUAGUCUGCUGCGUGGCUGCGACUAUGCCCAGCCAUCACCCAUCUGAAGGGCCUACGCAAUCUCGAGAUCUUGCUAGACCACGGCCAACCUUCGUCCUGGUCCAUCGCCAACGAGCGUGCUAUCCUCUCUCCCCUCACGCCACUCGCCACUUGUUCCCGAUUUGACUAUCUCCGUCAACCUCCCUAAACUACACCCCAAAUACGAAAGUCCGGAUCGUCACUUUACUGAGGAC